UGACUGUCCGUCCGCCAUUUUGUGGUAGUUUUGCAAGCUUCGCUGCUUCCAUCCGUGGUGCAGCAUCGGUAAAUAAAGUUCUGAAAACGACUAUUUCAGACUGAAGGGAAAUAUUUGGGAACUAAAGCUAUGGCUGACCCAUCAGCAGACCUGGACGUUCCAGAGGGCGCAGAGGUUCGCAAAUUGUCGGAGUUGAGAGUUAUCGAUCUGAAGGCCGAACUGAAGAAACGAAACCUGGACACCACGGGCGUUAAGAGCGUGCUGUCUGAGCGUCUGAAAAAGGCCAUCGAGGACGAGGGUGGAAACCCAGACGAGAUCGUAGUCGCCUCGGAGUCAACCCCCAAAAGGGCUAAUGUUACAGCCAAACGAGCUACCAGAGAUUCCAAGCAAGAGAAUGAUGGACCAGAGGACAGCACUAUGGAGGAAGAUUCCCGAGAAGGACAGGAGGAUCUGCAGGAAGAUCAUGAUGACAUGCAGGACGAUCAUGAGAACAUGCAGGAGAUGGACAUCCUCGACAUGAAUGUCCUGGAUGAGACGGAGAAUGACAACGGUAUUCCAGUAGAGCACUACGAGAGCGACGCAGAGAACUUUUACACAGAGGAAGAUGCAGAGUUGAAUGAUGAGCAUGAGUACAGAACCUUUGACUCAGACGAUGACACAAGAGGUCCAGAGAUGGAUGAGUCUGAGAGGCUGGACAAGGAUGAAGAUGUGGCGUUUAUGGCUCAGCAUCCAGAUGCGGAUGAAGCGAAAGAAGAAACAGAAAAUGACAAAGUAGCCGGGUCUUGUUUAUCUGAGCCACUUAACGAAGAUCACCACCAGAGCCACGGGACGAACCCUGAAGACGAGCAAGGUGCCACCGCCGGAGGGGAAAACAAUGUGUCCGACAGGGCCGCCUCUGGAGUUAUGGACACCGACAGGGAUGUUGUGGAGAGUGACGCCCAAGAGGCCGGGGACACGCAGAAUGUCCCAGAAGAGACAUUUGACUCUGAAAACAAAAGCUCGCAGGCUGUUAGUGUAAGCGAACAAGGCGGCACGGGUGAAACUGUUGAUUCAGAAAUGGGGUCUAAGAAGGGGGAGGAGGAUGAGAAGGAGAAGACAGAAGAGGAAGCUGCUGCCGAUUCAGCCCCCACAGUGAAAGAGUCCUCUUCUGUAGAGGGCGAUGAUCAGAAAAAGAGCCCUGAGGAAAAAGAUGACAAGACCGAGUCAAAGGAUGAAAAGGCCACUGGGGGUGCUGCAACAAGCACUAGUAGGAAUCUGUGGGUCAGUGGACUCUCCUCCACUACCAGAGCGACUGAUCUGAAGGCCCUUUUCAGCAAAUACGGCAAGGUUGUUGGAGCUAAGGUGGUGACCAACGCCAAGAGCCCCGGGGCUCGCUGCUAUGGCUUCGUCACCAUGUCCACCAUAGAGGAGGCCACCAAGUGUGUCAGCCACCUUCACAGGACAGAGCUACAUGGCAAGAUGAUCUCCGUGGAGCGGGCAAAAAAUGAGCCUGCAGGGAAGAAACCAGCAGACAAGAAUGACGCUAAGAAGACUGGAAGUGAUAGGAGACAUUCAUCUGACUCCAAAUUCGAUGGAAAGGAUGAGAAAUCGGAAGGAGAAGGAAAAGAUGGCAAAGGACGAAAUGAGAGGACUGUAGUUAUGGACAAGUCCAAAGGAGAACCUGUUAUCAGCGUCAAAGCCAAAAGCAAGGAGAGAAGCACAAAGAGUCGAGACCGCAAGUCAUCCAGUAAAGAGGCGAAAGACAUCUUGUCAUUUGACCAAAUCAAGGAACAGAGGGAGAGGGAGAGACAGCGGCAACGAGAGAGGGAGAUCAGGGAGGUCGAGAGACGCAGAUACACUGGCCGUGAUCGCGACAACCGUCCAGACCGUGAGCGUGAGCGAAUCCGUCUGUUCCGCGAGAGUGAGGAGAGGAAGCACUUGAUUCGAAAGAGACACUGGCUGGAGUCUGAGAGACAGCGGCUGGAUGCAGACCGCAUGGAGCGUCAGUUUCUGGAGCGCGAAAGGCUACGCAUAGAGUACGAGAGGCGGCGCGAGCAGGAAAGGAUUCUGAGGGAGCGUGAGGAGCUGAGACGACAGCAGGAACAGUUGCGCUAUGAGCAGGACCGACGGCCUCUCAAGAGGCCUUUUGACAUGGACAGCAGGAAAGACGACUGGCCCGAGAAACGCAUGACCAUGGAUGACCGAUACGGCCGCUCAGACUUUGGACGGCAGGAACGUUAUCAGGACUUCGAUCACAGAGACCGGGGCCGUUACCAGGACGACAUGUUGAUGGACCGACGGGACAACACUCGUAGCAUGGGAGCUGACAGAGAUGGCCAGCACUUCUCAGACAGACACGGAAGAGACUCCUGGGGAGGCGGCUACGACAAGCGCAUAAAUCCCAGGGAGGGUGGUCGUGACUGGGACUCGGGGAGGAAGAUGGAUGGAGACAGGACAUGGCAAAGUAGAGAUGGUGCUAUCCCAGGCCAGAGCCACAUAGCACGUGGAGGAAUGACGGGGCGUGGAGGCUACAUGAACACAGGAACAUCACAGUCUCUCUCAGGAGCUCUUAACAGGCAGAACCAGCUGAUGCAGGGCGGCGGGCUGCAGGGAGGAGCUUUUGGUCGACGAUACUGAUGUGUGUUGAUUUCAAGUGGUCAUUUCUUCAAGGAUGUGGCCAUGUUCUUUUUGUACAUUUUUUUAAAAAAAGUUCUUUUUGCCCACGAUUCCCAUUGAAAUUUGAUGUAAACAGUUUUUUUGUGACUUAGUGAUCUGCCAUGCAUCUACCAUUCACUCCUACUUCAUCUGUAUAAAUCAACAGUCUUGUAUGUACGAGCUGACUCAUAUCUCAGAGUCAGAUCUGUGUGUAAUAAAUUCAGAUGUUUAUUAGACACACUGGACCUAACCUCACAAGUCUCCUCUUUGAAUCCCUGUCUUGUUAAAUAAGUCGUUGUUACAGGUAAUUCUUUCAGAGCUCGAGGUUUUCGAGCUCUGCGGAUGAACAACGUUUUUAAAAUAAUCUUGUUACAGUUUCCAUUUCAACAAUGUCUGGAACGUAUUUUUAAUUCUGUGCUUUAUAAAAGGGUUUGUUUUUCCUGUCCUUAAGUUGACGGUGUUCAUUUUAAAACCAUGCUCGGUUGAAGCUGGAGUCUUGUAAAAAUUCAGUUAACGUACAAUAAAAGGAUUUUUCAUCAA